CCUGAAAUACGUAAGGGAAGUAAUCCGUAGGGCAAAGAUUUAUUUUGACAUACCUACCCGAACUAGGAUGAAGUAUAAAGGAAAGCAUAAAGCAAAUUAUAAAGGGCUUUCUAAGUAUAUCAUCUCUGUGUAAAUCCAUACGAGCUUAUAAAUACAGCAUCCUACCAACCGACCUUUCAGUCGGCUCAACACAGACCUGAAAAUGGGUGACCACAAAUCCAGCGACAAAACGGUCAAAAACGCCGAAAUAAAACUGCAGAAAAUUCUGAAUAAAAUUGAAAAUUUACGUCUCAGUGAUUCUUAUGUUUCGAGUCUUCAUCGUCCGAGAAAAGGAAGGGUUUUUAAUUUUACGGGGAAUUUCGGGUGGAAUUGGAUGACGAAGAGUAUUAUUUUCGUCGUUAUUUCAGUGUUUAGUGCCUGGUGGAUUAAUAAAGAAGUGUUCGCAGAUAAUUGCGAUGCUGCCGGCAACCGUUUAGGGCCGACCAGGACCCAGCAAGCCUUGUUUCGCCCCCCUGAAGACUGCACCAUGUGUGUUGGCGUGGAUAAUGUAGUACGCAUCGCUAACGUGUCCCCGGCUCUGUUUGAGUUGGAAUACGCGUACGGGACGGUCCCAGUUAUUGUCACUGAUGCUAUGAAGGACUGGAGAGCCAUUCAGGAAUUCAACUUCACAUUCUUCGCAGAUUUCUACACGCACCUUAAAUCGAGCGAAAAAUUCGGCUCCUGUUUCUAUUAUCCAUACAAGUCUGGACUAAACUCCUUACACGAAGUAUUUAAUAUGGACGAGAAGCGCGCCAAUUUGUCCGGAGAACCCUGGUAUGUUGGGUGGAGCACGUGCACCUUCGAAGAAGCGGAGAGGUUACGUGCCUAUUACAAUCGACCGUAUUUUCUGCCGAAGACUUCAGAGAGCUUGCCAGUUGAUUGGAUUUUCAUGGGAGGUCCAGGACAGGGCGCUCAUAUGCAUGUGGACACAGUGCGGUACAUAUCGUGGCAGGCGCAGGUGCGCGGGCGCAAGCAGUGGCAACUGGCGCCUCCGCCGGAGUGUCUCUACCGUUGUCGAUGGUUCUCCUUCACCGUCGAGCCAGGGGAGACAUUGGUACUUGACACAAACCGAUGGUAUCACAAGACCAGCGUGCUGCCAGGCGACAUCAGUAUCACCAUCGGCGCCGAAUACGAUUGAACACUAUUUCUCUUGGGUGAAUUUCACGACAGUUUGAAUUGCGGCGUGUUUCAUUAGUGUCGCACAUUUUUUUUAAAUAAAGAAUAUAUAUUUUUUUAAAUUAAUCAUUUGUAAAAUUAACAUUUUUUUAUUAUUUAUUUAUUUAAUUAUUUAUUCAUUGUACCAGUACUUCACUUAUUUAUAAAACAGGAUAAUUAAAUUUAUUACAAAGUAUGGUACAAUUUAAUAAACACUAAUGAUAGCCCACGGCGACGUUCGAAACGCUCGUGAAAUUCAUCCCCUAGGACUAUGAGUUAAAUGUAUUUUUAUUAUUGUUUUAUUGAGGUUUACAUUUUUCCGCGAGGUAUACCCAGUGGCGAAGCUCCCGGAGGGCUAGACGGGGGUUUGUCCCGGGCCCUCCAAGCUCAGGGGGCACUCCAACUUUGAAUUAAUAAAACUAGAGUAUGAAUAGAAUGGUUUAGAUUUUUAGAAUCAUAUAGGGAAAACUAUUUACUGAUUCACUGUACAAUAACGACAUCAGUUAGAGCACGGGGCUUUAGAAGUCCCCGUGCGUCACCCAGAUGGAGAACUUAGGUGAAGCACGGGUCCGGACCCAAUUUUUCUGCCAGUAUUCCAAUAUAGCUAAGCUAGCUAACAUUUAUAUUUCGACUUAUUUAUAAUCUGGAUUACGACGAAUUUGGAAAACGUCGAAUAUAUAACAAAAAAAGAACAGUAAAUAAGUAUAUAAGACUUCAUUGAGUGAGUCAUAAUCGUAAAAUAAGUGUUAAUUGCAUUUUAGAUGUAAUUAUGAAAUAAAAUGCCAUUAUUAUGCUACCAAAACAAUGUUUAUUCAUCACCAAUAAUAUUUCCUACGCGAACGUAUCGCGUUAAAUCAGAAUAAAACUAUUUCAGACUGGAAUGGCAAGGCGCGCGUGCGCAUCACAAUAAAGAGAGCCUCGGAAAAUCCAAUAAAAAUUAAGUACAGAAAUUGGUGAUUACAAAAUAAUUCCACACGGUUAUUUCUUAAAAAAUCGUCUGCUAAAAAUGCUAUUCAACUAACAAAAUAUAUUAAAAAAAAUCACCUCAAACAUUUUCGCUAAGAUUUCUUAAUUUAAAGAAGCUGUGAUACAAGGUCUGAGUACAUCGCUUAGAUAUUAUUAUUUUUAACAAAUUACAGGGCAGGUAUAGUGAUAUUAUUACGAUAAAAGUUCAAAAUUUCUACAUCAUAUAAUAAGUUAAAUUUCGGAUAUUUUUUAAUAGAAACAUUUCUAUU